CUCAAAUCAUUGAACCUACUGGUCCCAAUUACUUUCUCAUUCGUUCCGCGCCUCCCCGGAGCUCCUAUCGUGGUGUGCUCUUGUCCGAGGAGGGCAUGGUGGUGAGACAAACCAUUUACCGCUUAAGUAUCGCUCGUCGAGUAGCCUAAGCACGCCACAUCGCUCACCCGCCUGUGGUUGUUUGUCGAUUGACGUGAUGCUGCUUAAGCUAUCAUUGCUGGAUGAUUGCUAUCUCCAGCAUCAAACAACGAGCCAGAUCCCUGACACCUUAUCUAUCGUUGAGAUACGCGGGACUUGAGCAAGUCUCGGCACUGCGUUAUCACUCUUGGUAUUUCUCAUGCCCCUUCUGUGCAAUCCCCAUCUCUACGGCAUAGGGCUCAUCCUAGUAAUGCAUGGUACUCUGUCGUGUGUGGCGGCUUGGCUUGGGGAGAAUGUACAACAUGUUAUGGGUUAGAAUAGUGCCUCGACUUCUUGGCUCUCUUGGCUCUUCUUUCGAGCGACUCGUCCGCUUGCACUUUCUCUUGGCAUCGUUGCCUCCUCGGGCAAAUCCCAACUCUCAAUCAACCAGUACUCCUUGGUCUUCUCCACAAUGUCUGCCAACAGUUGACUCUGAGUCGGCUUACCCGAGCUACCAGGCUAUCAAGACCAAGGAGUUGAUGCUUGUUGUCUUGGCGAUGGGGAAAGAAUUUCGUAAUGCUCACCUUCUCUUCUUAGACAGGCCAAGCUCAAGCGUUUCUUUCAAUGUGUCGCAUCUUUGCUGGUUUCGGCACGCGAUUCUCUGGGCACUUCAUUCAUGCCUGGUGUCGCUCUCCUGACAGAAUCUCUUGAUGCUCCAUAACAUCUGCUCCCAUGUAGUCAGCUUGGCUUGGCGAUAGAGAGUGCCAUGAGGUAUAAAAGCUGAUGUGUGCUCUUGACGUUGACCAGGAAUUGUAGUGCCAGCCCUCUUCUCCAUUCCGCCUCCUGCCAAAACUUCUCCACGGUCCUAGUCUUGUCUUUAGUCUUCGAAACUCAAGCCAGGCUUGCUGUUCUUGCAAUGGCCACCAAAGAUGAGUUCAAGGAUGUCUCCGAGGCACGCCCGGUACAGGUGCCUACCAAUUCCAGCAGCGACAUUCCUCACGACCAUGCCCAGGAGGAGAUUGUAAAGAAGCCGUGGUGGCAUAGCUUCAAAGAACCCGGCUCAGCUCUUCAAAUCAUCGUAGCUGCCCUGUUCGCUAUCGCCAUCGGCGUUGUCGUCGCUACUCAGGUCGACGAUAUUCCGGAGGCUGCUCCCAUCCUUGUCGGUAUCAUUGGCAACAUGUGGCUAAGAGCCCUUAAGGCAGUUGUCCUUCCCUUGAUCGUCUGCUCUAUGUUGCUCGCUGUGACCAGACUCCGAGAGAUGGGCAAGGGGGGUUCUCUUCUCGCUCGAUGGACUGUCGGAUACUACGUCAUCACCACUCUCGUGUCCAUCACACUGUCUUGUAUCAUGAUGGGCCUCGUCUGGACCAAACAGUACUCAGUGGUCAGCACUGGCGCACUUGAUGAAGACCAAGAGGAAAAACUCAAGGAAAAUGAUCGCAGCAUCCCCGUGGUUGUACAGGAUAUGUUCUUCUCUCUGAUCCCCUCGAAUGUGGUCAAGGCGUUGGCCGAAGACGAGUUACUGGCAGUCAUCAUCACUGCCAUCAUCGUCGGAUACCUCAUUGAAUCUCCUCGCUCGCCCAUCAUUCGCGUUACCGAGGAGAUUGAACGUAUGAUCACCAAGAUCAUCAAGUUCCUCAUCGCGGUUGCCCCUAUCGGUGUCUUCUUCCUGAUUCUGCCCAACCUGAUGAAGCUUGACAUUGGCGAGAUCGGCAAGAAUCUAGGUCUUCUCAUCGGUGCCACCCUGUCCACCAUGCUCAUCCAUAUCCUAGUCAUCGUGCCCAUCAUAUUCUUCGCCUUCACCAGGAUGAAUGCUUACUCGUACUGGAUCAAGAUCUCUCCUGCCUGGAUCACUGCAUGGGGAACGGCUUCGUCUGCUGCCACUUUGUCGGUCACUCUUCGAUGCGCCAAGGACCGUGGUAUUCCUUCCACCAUCUACAAAUUCUCUUGUCCUCUGGGCUGUUUGAUUAACAUGGACGGCACUGCCAUCUAUCUUCCUGCUGCCGUUGUCUUCAUGGCUGCGACACAAGGCACAACCCUCGGGCCUGCCGACUACGUUAUUAUUGCACUACUGUCAACAUUGGCCUCUAUCGGUGUAUCUCCGAUUCCCUCAGCCUCGCUUGUUCUUUCUGUCAUGAUUGCUCGCUCUGUUAAUGUUGAGCUCACCGAAAUGUAUGCUGUCAUCGUGGCUAUCGAUUGGUUCCUCGACCGCUUCCGUACCGCUGUCAAUGUUUCCGGCGAUUUAUUUGCAUGUAUGAUCAUCUACAAGAUGACCAAGAUCGAGGAUCCGCCUGAAGUUGUUGAGCAAGACGCCCGAGACGCUGAUCAGAGCGAGAAGGAUGCUUCCAACAAGGUUUAGGGAUGAGUCAUGGACGAAGUUUUUAUAGCCGGCGUUGUAGCGUUGAAAUUAUGAAGAUCGUUAGUUGAGCAGCAUACCUAGGCGAGAUGAAGAAUUGAUCAAGGUCUUUGAAUUCAGUGACUCUUUCGUUGGACGCCGACGGGAUGUGUAAGUAAUAAAUGUGAUGACUCAGGCCAAGAACAUCAUGGCAGGGAAAGUGCUGUUGAGCAAAAAGCUUAGCCUGUGAUCCAAAUUGCGUGGAGAAAGAAGAUGCUUGGCAUCUAGGUAUACCCUAGGUACCUAGAACUGCAUAAGUUGGUAGGUAGGUACCUACAUAUAACCAGGAAAACUACGGGCCUCAGUUAUGAAGAAAUGUCAAUAGUUCUGAGGUACACGUGUGCGCCCUCUGGUAAUACUUAGAGCGACGCACCAUGGGCGACGGCCAAGGAAAGAAACAAAAAUGGAAGAAGCAGAGGCAAAAAGAACAAAAUUACAAAACUAAGCCCCGACCAAUUAAAUACUCUCAGCAAAUAGGGACACGAGAGAUAUAUACCUGCAAUCAAGGCGGAGGCUUGACGAGCCUACCUAGUCUUAUCCGGGUACUAGGUAAUAAAGCUGACCUACCCGUUUCCCGCUUCUGUUGCUCCUAGACUCUCUAGACCCUCGACGAAUGCGAGCCGCGGUAACAUAAAAAGAUCUGUUAUUGCUCAUACAACCUUUGGAAGGCUGCAUUUUCCAGUAUCCUCGAACCGUUGAUACUGGAGAUGCCGUUUCCUCCAGCGUCCAACGGCUUGUCAUACUUCCCCAUCGCCAUAUUCAUAAGAAAAGGGCCAAGUUUCUCCGUUGGGCUAUGCAACGACUGGAGUGCGGUUCUCAUGAGAGGACCCAUGAGCAAAUACAUAGCGUUGUAGAGCAUACCAGGGUUGGGGAUAUAUGGUUUGAUAGCCUCAUGAUUUGUAGCAUCUACCCCGGCAGGACGUACAGAUUCGACGCGAAAUUUCGACGGCGCAUGUAGCUCAGAAAGUGCCUUCUCAGUCUCGCCUUUCACACAACCGAAGAUGGGUGUAAAUGAAUUCGGCUCAAGGGUAGCUCCAUGACCAGAAACGUAUAUGAAUCGGAAAGGUUCCUUGGUAGGUGAUAUCUUGGAAAAGGCUUUCGCAGCAGCAACCGGAAAAUCUUUAGUGAUGGUGACAUAUUCGCUUUGCCGCACCUUGUCAGCUUAUACAAACUUGGGCCAUAAGCAAUUGAAUGCAAACCUACUCUUUUGUCACCUUGAGCUGGCUGAUACCCAACGCCCAAACCACACCGCUUGCGCCUUGAAGUUGCUCAAGGACUUCUGAAUUGUAUCGCGUAAAGUCAUUGUGGGCGAUGACAUUGACUCUGGGAUCACCUGCUGCCAUCGGCACUGGUCUGCGGCUCAGUAUUGAAAUCUUGGUGAUUUCUUUUGACUUGAGCAUAGCGUCAAGCACGCCAGAGCCAACGAGGCCAGUGGCUCCAGUGAGGAUGAGAUGCAUCCGUUAUUCGAGAGUGGUUGAUUAUUUCAGGCUGUAAGUGGAAAGUUGAAGAAACCGAGGAAUCAACACUUUGAAAUGGAAUCAAGGUAAAAAUGUGAGGGGGUGUCUGAAAUACUAUACAGCGGUUGAUCCGUUGGCAAAUACCUGCAGAUCUAUGAAGUAGGGUUACUUUGAAUGGCGACUUGAAGGGUUUUGUAAUACUUUUACAGUGUCGGAAUUCAUGAUGUAACUCCAUGACGGGCCACGGAUUUAGGAUCUAGUGCUAAAUCCGUGUUUCGCCAACCUCAUCAAUAUUUCUAGGUACUAUUGCUAAUCUCAAGAACCAAUUGAAUAUUUACAGAUCGCGGAGGAACUAUAGAUUGACUUAUCUUAGCACAUUUUAGUACUAAUAGAGCUGGAGCUUUUACUACGGCUUUUCUCAAAAAGAACCUCUCUUCGAAGUAUGCAAGAUUCAAGCAGGGGUUAGAUUAACCGUGAAGGUCUGGCGUUGCUCCAA